UUUAUUUUUUAUUUUUAUUUUGCUCAGAUCACCACACCUCACAUCAUGGCAUCCAAGCAAGAGACGGCGUUGCUUUCGAUUGUGCUCAAUCACGCCAAGCUGAACAAGCUCGAGAAGACUGCCUCCAAGCUCCAGAAGGAGGUCAAGUUCACUCCAGUGGCCGACGUGCCGACGCUGCAAGCACUGUACGACGAUCACUUGGCCCACGAGGCCGCGAGCAAGAACAAGAGUGCCAAGAAGACCGCCACCACCACCACGACCACCACGACCACCGCUACCAAUGGCAAGAGCAAUGGCAAGAGCAAGACCAGCGCCAACCCGUCGUCGGGAUCGGAGGCGGACGAGUCCUCCAUGGCCGAGUCUGAGGACGACAAGCUCAAGUCAACCAAGCACGUCUCACGCAAGCGCGCUCACGAAAGCAGCAGCGAAGACGAGAGCAGUGACAGCAGCAGCAGCAGCAGCAGCAGUGACAGCAGCAGUGACAGCAGCAGUGACAGCAGCAGUGACAGCAGCAGUGACAGCGAGGAGGAAGAGGAGGUCAAGCCAAAGGCCAAGGCUGUUGAAUCCAAGCCCGCUAGCAAGGCUUCCAAGAAGCAAGAGUCUGAUUCUAGCUCAGAGUCAGAAUCAGAGUCAAGCAGCUCAAGCUCGAGCUCGUCUGAUUCUGAUUCGGAUUCGGAGGACAUGAAGGUGGAUUCCAAAUCGGCCCCUGUCAGUCCCGCAGUUGCUAAACACGUUAACAAGCGCAUGCGCGUGGACGAGGAGGAAAGCUCGGCACCAUCAACACCCGUGCAGACCAAGUCUGCACCUGGCUCCAAGCGAAACUCGCCCGCUACAAACACACCAUUCCGCCGCAUCAAGGCCGAGGAAGUCGAAAUUGACCAUCGUCUGGCCGACAACUCGUACGAGGGCAAGGCUGGCGCGGCAGGUGCUUUCGGCGAGCGUGCCAACAACAUUCUCAAGUUCACCAAGGGCAAGAGCUUCCGUCACGAGAAGACCAAGAAGAAGCGCGGCGGCUACAAGGGCGGCUCCAUUGAUACCAGCAGCGUUCACUCGAUCAUGUACGAUUCGGACUAAUUCUGCAGUGGUUGUGUUGCAGCUCUAGUUUUGUUUUCGGUUGUUCCGACGUGUCCUUGCGUAUUUGAUGUGUUUUUGGUUUGUGAUUGUUUGUUUUUGUUUUGUUUUUGUGAGCAAAAGACAUGGAAACGUUGUCUUGGCUGC